GAAUGUGGACAGCAAAUUGGAGUCUUCAAGACAGCAGAUGCCAAAGGACCAGUCAAAAGAUUAUGAGAUAACAAUUCCCUUCCUUUUGAGUGGAGAACAGUGGAGACCGAUAUAUGACAUUUAUUCAAAGAAUCACCCAGCACUGCUGCAGUUUGUAAUACAAGUUGAAAGUAGACAUCUAGUCAUCAAUCUGGAGAGGAAUGAGGGCCUGUUAGCCAGCAGCUUCACAGAAACGCAUUAUCUCAAGGACGGCACUGACGUGGUUCUCACACGCAAUUACACGGGUCACUGCUAUUACCACGGCGAUGUACAAGGAUACCCCGACUCCUCAGUCAGCCUCAGUACCUGCUCUGGACUCAGGGGAAUUAUUGCAUUUGAAAACAAAAGCUACAUUCUGGAGCCAUUAGAAGGUGCUACAAGUGAACACAAGAUCUACCGAGCAGAGAAUUUGAAAAUAGCCUCAGGAUCUUGUGGUCACCAGCUGGACAUCUCUGCCCUGAGAGCUGAUGGCAAUGACACGUCACACCGUUCUCAAGCUGGCAGGUACAAGAGGGAGACUCUGAAGACAACAAAGUACGUGGAGCUUGUUAUUGUGGCAGAUAAUCGCGAGUUUCAGAGACAAGGCAAGGAUGUGGAAAAAAUUAAGCAGAGGCUGAUAGAAAUUGCAAACUAUGUUGAUAAGUUCUAUAGGUCACUAAAUAUUCGAGUAGCCCUGGUUGGAGUGGAAGUAUGGAAUGACAUGGAUAAAUGCUCUAUUUCUCAAGACCCUUUCACCAGCCUCCAUGAGUUUCUGGACUGGAGAAAGCUAAAACUACUACCUCGUAAACCUCAUGACAAUGCACAGCUGAUAAGCGGGGUCUACUUCCAAGGGACCACCAUUGGCAUGGCGCCCAUCAUGAGCAUGUGCACUGCCGAGCAGUCUGGAGGGGUCGUCAUGGAUCAUUCAGAAAACCCUCUAGGUGCAGCCGUGACACUGGCUCAUGAGCUGGGACACAAUUUUGGAAUGAAUCACGACACGCUGGAGAGGGGCUGUAACUGCAAAGCGUCGACCGAUAAGGGAGGUUGCAUCAUGAACCCCUCUACUGGGUAA